AGCAAGUGCUACCCACCAUUGUACAUACCAUCGUAUGUACCUACCAUCGUACCUGAGCUCUGACGCGCAAACUCGCGAUGCCUAGCAAUCAACCAUAGCUCUCCACAUCACAGCUCGAGCUUCUGUAGCCUCACCAUCUAAUCCACCUCCACUCAAGCCAACUUUACAACCCUGAACCUUUCCGCAGUCCCCUCUCAUAUUCAAUUUUCCAUAUAGUCCUUCAACCAUGGCCGACCGUUAUUCAUUUUCCCUGACGACUUUCUCCCCGAGCGGAAAACUAGUCCAGAUCGAAUAUGCCCUAAAUGCAGUCAACCAAGGUGUCACGGCCCUGGGUAUCAAAGCAACAAAUGGCAUCGUUCUAGCGACCGAGAAGAAAUCAUCUUCGCCUCUUGCCGACCCCUCCUCCCUGUCCAAGGUUAGCUUGAUCACUCCUAACAUCGGAAUGGUCUACUCGGGAAUGGGUCCGGACUACAGAGUGCUGGUAGACAAGGCACGCAAAGUCUCCCACACCGGUUACAAGAGAAUCUACAACGAGUACCCGCCCACUAGAAUAUUAGUUCAGGACGUUGCACGAGUGAUGCAAGAAGCUACGCAGUCUGGUGGUGUUCGACCGUACGGUGUUAGUUUGCUGAUUGCUGGAUGGGAUGAGGGCAUUCUACCUGAUGAGGAGUCCGCUGUCGAAGGCGAAGUUGAAGGCGAGAAGAAGCCCUCGGGCAAGACCGGCGGUAUUCUAAAGGGCGGCCCCAUGCUUUACCAGGUCGAUCCAUCUGGCAGUUACUUCCCUUGGAAAGCCACUGCCAUCGGCAAGAGCGCAACAACGGCCAAGACGUUCUUAGAGAAGAGAUACACCGAAGGCCUGGAGCUAGAGGACGCCGUGCACAUUGCGCUUCUAACUCUGAAGGAGACUAUCGAAGGCGAAAUGAACGGAGAGACGAUUGAGAUAGGUAUCGUUGGCCCCCCUGCCGACCACUUACUCGGAGUUGAGGGUGUUCAUGGCGCAACUGGUCCACGAUUCAGGAAGCUCACCCCACAAGAGAUUGAGGACUACCUAACAAAUCUGUGAGCACCAAUAUUUCUGGAAUUGGCAGGGGUUUGCGUGUAUCAUAGAACAGCAUAGAGAGCCCAAUUGAGGCAGAAUCAUUAAGGGAUUUGAUACUUGGCCAAUAUGAAUGAAGCGCU